UGUAGAAAUAAUAAGAGUAGCUCUUGAAAAACAAUUAUCUGACCGGAAUAAUCGCGAUCUCCAAGAACAUUAAGAACAGGAUUAGAAAUACCAGUUUCAAUUCCACUAUAAUUAUAAUUGAUCUUAAUGAGUCUUUACCUGAUUACCAACCAGAAUCUCCUUUAACUUAUUAAAUGUCAAUUGUGUAAAUCAACUCUUCAAUUUGGAAAAAUUUUGUACCUCUGAUUGCCAGAAGUGUCAACAUCUUCAAUGUUAGAAAGUCGUUGACAAUCAAAAACCGCUGAGAUAUUAUAGCAAAUAAGUUAGCAAGUAAAUCCAUCCAAUACAUCAAUAUGUAAUCAAUCAAUAGCUAGUAAUUAACAACCAUGGAAAAAUUGCUUCAACCAAAUGACCUGAAUGGAAAUCACUUAAACACAUGUUUCAAACGGAAACCAGCUAUUGGAAGUUUUUUUUCUUGAGGAGAAAUAUGAUUUAAUAGCUUGAGGUCUAUGACACUGUGAAUGUUUCAGAUCACUCAUUAUAAACCAACUCACGCCAAAAUAAGAUUGAUGAGAGAGGAUAAUCAUAAAUAAAUGACGAGAAACCGAGGUGAUAAUCAUUUACAGUUCAUGUCCACUUGUUCAACAUCAAAUCUGUUCAGCUAGCCUAGUAAUUAUUUACGUAAAAUAAUUUAUUUCAUUGUAAAUCCUCUUUACAAUAGUACAACCAUGAGAGUAAGGAUUCAUGAUGUGAAUGAUGACAAUAAACACGGAGUUGACCAAAUCGCUGGUUAUGGGAGAUUGGACAGUAAUGGUAAUCGAAAGGAACGGACAUUGUUUACCAAGGAUCAAAUUAAAGAGUUGGAGGAUCAAUUUAAUCAACACAGAUAUCUUUCUCGGUUAAAGAGAUACGAAAUUGCCAUGGCUUUGGAUUUAACUGAGAGACAGGUUAAAGUAUGGUUUCAAAAUCGCCGAAUGAAGAGCAAACGUAAUCAAAUUCACAAUAAAUACCGUGAUCUGGAAGAAACUAGAGAAGACAUUGACCAGCAAAUAUCGGACGCAGAUCAAUUUAGAGGUGAUUUUAGUGUAUCUACAAUAAUAUUAGAUGAAUCAUUUUGUCCUCAAGAAAAACACCAAUGCAGCUCGAAGUACUGAAAUCAAAAGUACAGGCAACAAUGGAUCUGCAACAGCCAACAAUUAUUGUUACCCACCUUUGAAUAAACGUUCAACAAUGAAUAAUUACAAUUAAUGUAACCCAAAAAAUUUGAGGUCAACAAUAUAAUUCAUAGGAGUCAAAAUUGCCAGCCAAAACAACAAUUAAUAAUCUAUUAAAUCAUCAUCAUCACCACCAUCUGUUUAUUGUUGUGACUGUUAACUUAAUGUUUUUAAUUUAAUUUCACAUUAAUAGUUUGUGUUUGUGAGAUAACACUAUUUUGAUUCUGUGAAUUAUUUUGGUGAAUUUCAAGUGAUUUAAAAUCAACAAAUUUAACAUCAGCCUAAAUCAAUCGUUUAACUAAACCGCAAUGCCUGAAGAAACGCCUGCGAAAUCUUCUGAUCCUGACAUGAAACAAGAGACAACCUCAAUGUCCCUUAAAACUGAAGGCUCUCAUGCCGCUGCCGAAGAAACCGAGGUCCGUCGAGGAAGAUCCAGAACCCGAUCUCGAGCAGAAGCAAAACCCAAAUCACAGUCCCGAAGUACCUCUCGAUCAUCAACUAAACCAAAGGCCAAAUCAACAAUGAAAGCUAGAAGUGUUUCUCGAUCUCGCCGAGGAAAGGGCAAAGCUCGACGAGGUGGACGUCGUAAAGGAGCUAAAGGUCGUAAAGGUGCUGGCAUGAAGGCCAAAGGAAAAGGAAAAGGAAAAGCCAUGAAAAAGGUUAAAUCAAAGAAGUAAAGUGUUAACUUAAACUGUCCCAAUUAUGCUGAUCCAGUUACAACAGACUCUAUGGAUGUGACCACAUAACAUUCAACAUUUUAUUCAAUAUUCAAAAUAAUUAUAUCAACUCUAUUCUUAAUUUAGUCUCUUAUUGUUCUUAUUAAUCUAUGAUCAAACUAUUCUCAGUGUAUUACUCAGCAAAAAAAUAAAUAAAUACAAGAGUUAA